AUGGUUCUCAUUGCACCACUCUGUAUUGAUCUUGUCUUCUACAUUUUUAGGGCGGGAGGCUGCUUACUCUACCAAAAUGGCGAGGGUGCACUUGCCGAACGUAUGUUGCGUGACUCUUUAGCAGUUGAUCCAACUAACAGCGAGGGCUGGCGACUCUUGGGUACGGUCCUCGGGUGUUCGGAGGCAGCCACUAAAGCUCUUCUAGUCGCUAUUGACCUCGAACAGACUGAGCCACUCGAGCCCUUUUACACUCUACCUCUAGGAGUUCAUUGCGGUGGCUAA